ACAUAGUAGCAUAAGAAUUAAAAAAUCAUAAAACAAUUAAUUAUAAAUGACAACUUAUUAUGUUCCAGUGCUGCUGGCCGGUGUCAUCGCUCAGAACGGGUAUGACUACAACAGGCCCAACCGACCCUUCGGCCAGGGAACAUCGUCGAGCCGGCCCGGGACAUCACCCGGGUCAGGCAGCACCACCCCAUCCUACUCCCUCAGACCUCAGAGCGACGACUAUAACGGCAACGGAGGUCCAACCACAGGCUACCCGUCAGGACCACAAAACUACCCUAACUCAGGAAACCAGAGACCAGGAUACCCCGGCUCGUCAUACCCAGGACAAGGCCCCAGUGGGCCCUCUGGUGGCUAUCCCGGACAGUCCGAUAACUCCUACAAUCAAGGACGAGGGCCUACUAGGUAUCCAGGUCAAGGAUCAAGAUACCCCGGACAAGGUCAAAACUAUCCUGGACAACCUGGCUCUAAUUACGGUACUACAAGUUUUUCUGACACUGGUAGCUACGAAGGCGGUGACUAUUCAGCUAUUCCUGGUGAACCCGAAAUUGAUUAUCCUGUACUUUCAUACAUUCCUCAAACUUCGUUCAGCUGCAAGUCUCAACAGUUACCUGGUUACUAUGCUGAUGUCGACGCACGUUGCCAAGUAUUCCACGUUUGCUCAAACAACAGGACCUAUGACUUCCUCUGUCCAAACGGAACCAUCUUCUCACAAGAGGACUUUGUAUGCGUCUGGUGGAACCAGUUCACCUGUGAGUCUGCUCCUGGUUUGUACCAACUGAACGCUAAACUAUACGACUACUCUAAAACAGGAUCACAAUCAAAUCAGGACUACCCUUCUAGCUUCAAUGAUUACCCUGGCUCUUCGUACCCAGGAAAUAGAGGACCGCAGGGACCGUCUUCAUAUCCAGGAUCAGGUACCUCACGACCAUCAAGCUAUCCGGGAAGCUCCGGGCCUACAACACCAUAUCCUUCAGUCACAUUGACCAGCUCUUACCCAGGUUCUCAAAGUUCAUCAGGAGGUUACCCUAGCUCACAAGGUCCAUCUGGGAGCUAUCCUGGAUCUCAGGGAACGUCUGACGGUUACCCUGGAUCCCAAAACUCUGGAAACUAUCCAAACUAUCAAGGACCAGGAUCUUACCCUAGCGGCCCGCAAGGACCAUCGACAGGACCUGGAAGCACAGGAUCUGGUUACCCAGGAUCCGGACCGAGCACAUCCUACCCUGGAUCAAGUCCUGGGAAUCAAGGCUAUCCGUCAGGUAGACCAAGUGGGCCUGGUUACCAGAAUGGGAACCGAGGACGACCAGCUCAAAAACCGAACAGAGAAUAUCUCCCACCUAGAAACUAGAGGUGCCCCUAAAAUAUAGGCAAUGCCAGGAAAAAAAGACUAGGAAAAAGCCUACGUGUACCUGAUUAUAUUUGGAUUCGAUAUUACAUAAACAUAGAUACGUAGUUGUAAGUACAUACCCGAAUAAUUAGGAAUAAAUACCCUAAUAACGGGAGCCAGUAUUAAGCACAAUUUUGACAAACGAAAAAGUUGGUGCUGACUUGUUUAAACUAUAAGUAGGUGUAUAAUCAUAAGAAAUAAUAUCUUUAGUUGUUAUAUCCGUGAUAGUUUGUUUUUAAUGUUUAACUUUAGUAGAUAAAACAAAAAAAAUGUGAAAUCAAAAUUAGACUUAAAAGAGUUCCUUGAGUGUAGUUCAAAACGAAAGUUACCAAAACUAGUAUUCGUUAUUAAGAAAAAAUAAAUGUAAAAAAAAACCUGAUAACUACGUUAACGUAGACAUGUAAAAGCUUAGACGUUAAUGUCACUUUUUGUAAAUACACAAUUGUAAUCCAAUAAACGAAUAAGCAACUGUA